AUGGACGGAAGUGAUGAUGCCGACUCCGAGCCAGAUGAAGAGGAAGCGGAGAUCAUGAAAAAGUUUAUGCAUGUGAACGACAAGAGCUUUGAGGAAAUGGAGAUGCCACCCAAAGUGGUGACGGCCACGCAGAAAGCUUGGAAUGGUUUCGUGUCCGUGUUUGAUAAGCGAGAGGCUGCGGCUGACGCCAUCUACGGUGCCUUCUUUGAUGCUGCCCCCAACUUGCAAGGCAUGUUCAGGGCGCCGCGAGCCGCAAUGGGCUUGCGCAUUCUCAGUGGCAUCGAGACCUUCAUAAUCAAUGCGGGUAACCCAUCAGGCUUGCGCAAGGAGGUGGAGGCAAUCGCUUUCAACCAUCUGGACCUGGACGUCACAGGCCCUCGCGUCGAAAUUUUCCGCGAGUCCACACUGGAAGUCUUUGACCUGGAGCUUGGUGCCUUGUUUGGCACACGCGCACGUCUGGGGCUUUCGGCAGUGAUGACCUAUGCAGGCGGAGCCUACAUUCAUUGCAGGAGAGAAUAUGCAGGUCGAAUUCGACUGCUUCAGAGAAGCUGGAACACGGCAGCAAAGAAGGGCGCUGAUGUGGGGGAGGUAGAGGACCUGGAUUCCAAGUCUGAUGAUGAGGAGGAGGAGGAAGAAGUGCCCCAAGAGACAGAAGCUGCAAACGAGCUGAACAAGACCCAGGAGGGUCAAGAGGGAGUAACCAAAGCCUCAGCUCUAAAGGUCCCAACCACCUUUGAUGAGAUGUUUCUCUUCAAUGCAGCUGUCAUGGGAUAUGCCAACAGCAACUGGAUGAAGUUCAUCUUGGAGUACUUCGAUCCAAUUGUGACAAAUGUUGCGAACUCCUACCGCCUACAGGAGGAGUGUGACGUGCUGUCGCUGAACCUGGCCAAGUGCAAGGGUGAAAUCAACCUGCCGGAGUUCAAGGCCGUCAUGCUCGCCUCUUUGAGGUCUCUGGUUCCCAAAGAUUGGAACUCUCAGCACGAAGUUGCCUGGAACUGGCUGUGGGAGAAUGUCGAGCGGCUGCUGCGAGCGCAGCUCGGCAGGCCACGCGCGCAGCAGAAAGCCAUAGAGCGCUUCCUGGUGAACUUGUCCCAGGAGUCUCUCACCAACUACUGCCGCGACGUGUACAAGAGGUUCUUCCAGUUGGCACCCUCGGGGCAGGAUUUCUUCAAGCAGUCCACCACUCGACUUUUCUUCAUCGCGGAGAAGAUUGUCGAGAUGACUGUAGAGAUGUACCGCACCCCCAAGAAGAUGGUGGAGGAGCUCUCUGGCCUUGGCCUGAGGCAUGUAGGAUAUGGCGUGCCAACGGAGCUCUUCUCCCCUUACGUCUCCGCGGCUGUGGAAGUGAUCCGCGGCAUGACGACUGAUGAGACUACAGAGACUGCUUUUCGCUGGUCUCUGACGUUGAUUGCCAAGAUCAUGGUGCGGACCCUAGUCGAGGGCUCCACCGUUGUGAUGCAGGCCAUCAACACCAACAUAGAAAAGAACUUGAGGAGGGCCAUCAGUGUGGCACCGCGAGGCAAGAGGGCAAUGGAGCUCUUGAAGAUUACGGUGGGGACGCAAUCGAUUUCGCCCCUUUACUGGGCCAUUGAGUCAGGCAGCCUCAUAUGUGCACAGGCCAUGCUUGAGGAUCUGUUGACCAUCCGAGCUGACCGUGACAACUAUUACUAUGGGGCAGACGCCCUUUUCACGCGGCACCCCGAGAUAAUCAAGAAGCUGGCGUCCAGCGCUCCGUCGCUAUUGGAGUGCCUUCUUGCUGGCCUCAUUUGGCGGUCUCGGGUAAUUGUCCUUGGCACCCGGCGAGUCAAUUGCUACCUGAAGCAUUUGGUGCAAGAUGGAGAUGGGAACCCACAUCAGGCUCUACAGUGGCUAGUGGAAUACGGCAACCCCAUCACCAUCAGCAUGUUCACUGUGGUGCUUAUGGCUGACCUAAUGUGGACACGUCUGGUUGCCUAUCAGUUUCUUAUUGGCAGGUGCUACUUCUUGUUCACUCUCUGUGUGGCAGUGACGAGCCAAUCUUUCUUGACGCUCUCCGGCCCAGAUGCGAAAGAGACGUUCGAAACCAACAUUGUGAUCUUUGCUUGCCGAGUCUUCAUCUAUUUGGGGAGCAUGUGCAAAAUCUUCUACAACCAGAUGAAGCUGUUUCAGUUGGACUGCAGAAAUCGUGCCUUCGAUCGUAGAUAUUAUGUGCCAAUUCCGCAGUAUUUGUUCAGCUUGAAGGAGGCUGGUAAUUUUGCGCUGCUUUGGGUCCUGCUCGGCAUGUGCAUCGAAGAGCCGCUGUGGUGGUGUGGUCAGUUCUCUAAUACGGAAGAGGCCCUGAUUUUCACUACGCACUGCGAGGCAGUCUCGGGUAUUGGGCGAAGGCUCUAUUCCGCUUUCUCUUGCAUAGCUAUUCUCCUAUACUGGACCUUGGUGCUUGACUUCACAAUCUUCUCCAUGCACAUCUCUGCGUAUGUCUUAGUCUUUGGAAGAGUUCUGUCCGAGGUUUUCCUCUUCGUGAUGGCACUUACAUUCAUGAUUGUGGCGUUUGCCAGUGCUGUCAGCGCUAUAGAGCAUGAGCUCUAUGACUUUGCUGGUAUCAGCACCUGGCUCAUUUCGCUGACGCAGAUGGCUCUGGGAAUGUUUCCGCAUGACUCUUACGAGGAGUUGAAAUCGGAAGCUGGAAUCAUGAUUGUCAUCAUUGGUUUCGUGCUUAUGGUGUCUAUUAUCCUCGUGAAUCUCCUCGUAGCCCAGCUGAACCAGGCCUACCAACACGUGUACACAGACAUGCAGGGCUAUGCUCGCCUGAAUCGAGCAUCCGUCAUUGUCAGCACGUUAGAGCAGAUCUCGCAGAAGCGAUGGGCAAGAUUUCUGAAAGGCCUAAAGUUGAACGACCGGUUGGAGUUCAACGAGGGUGACGUGGGCCUGCCUGGAGGCGUGCAAAUUGUCGAGCCGGCCUCUUCCCACAUCGUCACUGUGGAUUCCAUCCGACGAUUCGGGGGCUCCAGCGCUCCAACGAUGCCCUGGCCAGAGGAGGAUGACUCCAUGGAAGACAGGUUUGACCGGUUGGAGAAGCUGUUCAUGAGCACUGCCAAGAAAAUGGGUGGCCGGAAGAGGAGCAAGAAGAAAGGUGAUGGGGGCUCCAGCUUGCUCUCCGGCCUUUCUGCGGCCAACUCGGGUGGCAGCGAUGAGAGUGGUGGCAGCGGAGAUAGUUGA